GCUCUCAGUUUGUGUUUAAAAAAAAAAACUCCCUGGAGAGAACAGUCGUUACCAUAACAACUCAAGUGCCAGCAUGACAGUGUGUGAGUGGCAACAACGCGUGUGCCUGGCAAGUGUCACUUUUGUUCACUUAUGAACCAAAAAACUAAAAAAAAACCAGUGUUUUUACAGACAAUCAGAAGAAAAGACUUCAUGGUUGUCUGUGAUUUUGUGAUUUUACUUGGGGAUUUUUAAAAAAGUGUGUGUUUGUGUGUGUGUGUUGACUUUUUUUGAGAGCUCAUUCUGCCUGACAUUACUGUCCUUCUCUAGAAUUGGAUGGCUCUUUUCCUAUAAUCAAGAGAGCUCACUGCCAUUAAAACACAGGACCUUACUUUGAGGUAUCUGAACGUUAUUUCUAAAUUUAUUUAUUCAUCAUUGAUAUAUUAAUCUAAUCUAUCUGAUUGUAAAAUGAGCAAAGAAAGGUAACAAAUCUAACCUGCCAUUUUGUGGGAAAUUAUUUUUGUUAAUGAUUGAAUUGAGACUUGUUUUCUUCAUUACUUUCAUCACAAUAAUUCAAAAACCUAAAAAAAGCAUAGUUUUUUUUACCAUCAGUCUGAAAGUCAGAAGGAAGUAAUCUGCAGUUACGUAAGAGGAACUGAAAUCAUUAAAAAGCGAUAUCUAUCUGAGUGACACAAGUGCUCAGUUGACUAUAUUUGUGUGUUGUCAGGUUUUUGUUUCUUUUUAUUAAUUGUGACUCACCGCCAACAAACAAAAGGUUUUUGUUAACGCUCGCCUCUUUCCAGAAAUAGUUUGCUUGGCUUUUAAAGCCAGUCUUUAUACUUGGUAAGAAGCCCAGUUUAAACAGGGACCUGUCCAUGUCUGUGCCUCGUUGUUCCUGAUUUGUGUGUUGAAGUGUUAAAAACUAAAUCUAGUCUCACACGCUUGCCCAACAGCGUGUUUAAGACCUUACGACAACCAGUGGUCUUGUUUCGAUGAUUUUUUUUUCUGUCUUGUUGUUGCUGUUGUUGUGGUUGUUGUUGACCCCAUGACGUCAAACCCUUCAUGGUAUACUGUGUAAUAAGCCUUAUGCAAAUAUUUUGUCACAAAGGAUUUUGCAAUGGUGUUUGGCCAUUUGUAGCAGUAUGUAAGGUUUAGGUUUACUGACAGCAAUCAGUGGAAUCCACAUGUUCAGUCCAUGGAGGCUUUUUCUUGGAAGUAAUUUUAAACUUCACUCUGUCUCCUGGAACCCCUCUUUCAGGCUGCCCACACCCAGGUGAUGGUGUAACAUGCCGCCUUUGCUUCACACUCAUCUUCUCUUUUUCUUUUCCACACAUACACACGCACACACACGCACAUACACACUUACACACAAACACACCCACUCAGCCCUGCUGGGGAAUUCAUGGCCUCAGGCUAACAAACACAGUCGAAAAGCAGCAGAAAGCCCUGAAAGAAUUAACGCUGCUCGGCUCCCUCACGGACUAACAGCGUGGAGUUUCAUUUGUACGGAAACACCUCAUGACAGACAGAAGACACUUUUCCGAUCGACAGUAUUGUGAGGUACGCAUGUUGCAGCUAGUUUCUUUUGCUCUGUUUGCUGAGCCUUCAGUUUCUGAUUGGUCAGGCAGAAUAAGACGGAUGAUUUUGAUGUGAUGAUGCCAACCCAGCUUUGACAAUGUAUGAGGUGAUGUCCGGUGACACCCUGUCCUGGAAGGUGCCCAGUCCACGACAAAAUGAAACAGAGGCUGGCCCUGAAGAACAAUUCUCUGGGGAUGGUGGACCUGUCAAAAUCCUUAAAGUGUGCUUCAGCACCAACAACAACCUGGGCAAGAAUUUCAAGCUGGUGAAAUGUGACAACUCCUGGCAAAUUAGGGCUAUCAUUCGUUCGAUUCUGGUCAGCGGGCGUUUAGGGCCAAACGUUCAACACGCAGGAUGCUAUGGCCUCAUGCUAAAGCACCUGAAGUCAGAAGAACUUCACUGGCUCCAUCCAGACCUGACUGUCGGAGAGGUGGAGAAGCGCUAUGAGAGCAAUCAUCUGGAAGCUGAGUGGAGAUAUGACCUUCGUAUCAGAUACAUUCCUGUGAAUUUUGUGGAAAAAUUCAAAGAUGACAGAUCGACCUUUUUGUAUUUUUACCAACAGGUGCGUAGUGAUUACAUGCAGUAUCAUGCCAGUAAAGUCAGUGACGGGAUGGCAUUGCAGCUUGGUUGUUUGGAGAUCAGGCGGUUCUACAAAGACAUGAAUGCAAAAGGUCUUGAAAAGAAAUCUAACUUUGAGCUGCUAGAAAAAGAAGUUGGCCUGGACCUUUUCUUUCCACAGCAACUGAUUAACAGCAUGAAGCCUAGGCCCCUGCGGAAGAUGAUUCAGCAAACAUUUCAGCAAUUUGCAACACUCAAGGAGGAUGACUGCAUGAUCAAGUUUUUUGAGACGCUUAAGGAUUUCGUCAGCUACGAUGAAGAAGCCUUCCCCUGUGAACUAGUGCAAGGCUGGAGUCUGUCUGUGGAGCUGGUCGUCGGUGGGAGAGGAAUUCGCCAACGCACACAGAAGGAUUCAGCUGCUGUGUUUUUAGCUGACUUCAAACAAAUUAAGAAAGUACAAUGCAUAUCGCAGAACGAUGGCAAGGCUCUCCUAAAUCUUGACAUAGAGGGCGCGAAGCAACGUCUGACCAUCAAUGUGGCCACGGUCGCUACUGCUGAGAACAUGAUUGAUCUUAUUGACGGGUACUGCCGCUUGGAAAACAACACAGAUGAAAGUGUUAUCCACCGACCAAAUAGAGAUGCCAAUGCAAGAACCUCCCUACCUGAAAUUCCUACUGGCAGAGAGACGAGCUCGCUCAGACACAGUAUGGGUUCAGAUAUCUACUGUGAGAUUGAUGAAAGGCCAAAAUCAGUUGUGAAAUACGGCAUUGACCGAAAUGACAUUGUUCUCGGCCGAAUCCUCGGCGAGGGUUUUUUUGGGGAAGUCUACGACGGAGUAUACAAAAAAGCUAAUGGUGAAAGAGUUAAUGUGGCAGUGAAAACCUGCAAAGACUGUUCACCUGACGUGAUGGAAAAAUUCAUGAGUGAAGCAGUAAUCAUGAAGAACCUCGACCAUCCCCACAUCGUCAGACUGAUUGGAAUCAUAGAGGAGAAUCCCGUGUGGAUUGUCAUGGAGCUUUAUCAGUAUGGGGAGCUGGGACACUACCUGGUUCAAAACAAAGAAAAGCUGACAAAUACAACCUUAGUGCUGUUCAGCCUGCAGAUCUGCAAAGCUCUCGUCUACCUCGGAGGGGUUAACAUGGUACACAGAGACAUAGCAGUUCGGAAUAUAUUAGUUGCCAGUCCGGACUGUGUGAAGCUUGGAGACUUUGGUCUAUCGAGGUACAUAGAGGAUGAAGAAUACUACAAAGCAUCUGUGACCCGAUUACCAAUCAAGUGGAUGGCCCCAGAAUCCAUUAAUUUCAGGCGUUUUACCUCAGCUAGUGAUGUGUGGAUGUUUGCUGUGUGUAUGUGGGAGAUAAUGAGUGGUGGACAGCAGCCGUUUUUCUGGCUUGAGAACAGAGCUGUGAUCAACCAGCUGGAGCAAGGCAUCAGACUACCCAAACCAGAUAACUGCCCUCCUGCCCUCUACUCACUCAUGACCCGCUGCUGGUCCUACGACCCCAGUGAAAGACCCAGUUUCACUGAGUUGGUUAUGAAGAUCAGUGAUGUCCACAAGAUGGAGAAGGAGCAGGAAGCGGAGAGAGAGAGAGACAGAGUGCGUUCCACCAAAUUUUUCGAGUCCAAGUUCAACAUUGACCCCCCGCCUAAGCCUUCAAGAAUGAAACCAGCCCGGUUUGGGAACACACUCAGUAUUGGUCUGCACAUUCAGCUCAAUGAGGCUCUGUGUGCCAGCUCACCUGACCUAGCCAGCCCAUGUGACUAUCAGUCUCCUGUCGACUCCAGCAACACUCUCGCACUACCUGCCAAGUCGCCCCGGCGCCGCAGCAUGGGGGAGAACGAGUUUUUCAGAGUGGAACGGAACACUGGGGAAGACGCCCAGCUCCUGUGGCAGAGGGAGAAACACCAGAUACAUGAAACGCUCCGCAAGCAGAAAGAGCAGAUGAUGGAGGAUAAAAAGUGGCUGAAAAAGGAGGAGAGACUGCUGGACCCCAUGGGACUAGAAGAUACUGCCAAUCCAGAGCCGGCUAACAUCGAGAUUGCAGUGCCUGAGAAGCCGCCACGACUCACAGCAAAGCCUGCGCCCACAGCUGAGCUUGACCGCACAGAUGACAAAGUAUAUCACUGUGUAAUGGACUUGGUCAAAGUAGUUGUCCAGCUCAAGAAUGACAUCGCUGGGCUGCAGCCAGAGCAAUGCAUUACCCAUAUCAAGUCUGUUGGGAUGGCAUUAAGAGAUUUAAUUAGCAGUGUGGAUGAGAUACUGCCCACCUUACACGGGUCUGUGAGGACUGAGAUCGAAGGCACCCAGAAGCUGCUGAACCAUGACAUGGGGGAGCUGAUCAGCAAAAUGCGGUUGGCUCAGCAGAAUGCCAUAACCUCUCUAAAGGAGGAGUGUAAGAAACAGAUGCUGGCUGCCGCACACACUCUGGCUAUGGACAGCAAGAACAUGUUGGAUGCUGUGGAUCAAGCAAGAGUCAGGGCCAAUUUAGCAAAGCCUGCUCCCCCUUAAAAGACAUUAGAUUUUUUUUUUUUUUCAGUUUCACAUCAAUCUAAAUAGGGACUUCUUUUUUUUCUUAAUAUGUGAAAGUCAAAAAUAACAUUUGUGCAUUGUAAAGCAUGCAUUUUUAUUUGGAUCACAUCGAUCAAUCAGUGAAAUGAAUCCUGCAGCAUCGCCGGUACUUUGGAUAGCCACUGUCACGUUAAUGAGAGUUUAGUUUAAAUGUGAUGCUACAUAUGGAUGCAUGUGUAUUUUUAGGUAAUGCAAUAAUACAGAAAUGUGUCAUUUUCCUUUUGCGGUCCCCUAGCAUAAUGUUUAGGAUGUCAGUUAUGCUAAAUUUUAAAUGAUAACUGUACCUGUGUGUGAUUGGUGAAGUGUUGACUCAGAUAUUUGCUUUGAAAGUUGUAUUUGUAAAUAUAAAAUGUGUUGCAUGGGAAAUGUUUCAUGCAAAAAAGAAAACACAUGUAAACAGUUUACUUUUGUCAGUAGUGAAAUGUAAAUAUAGCAUCAAUGGCGUUUUGUUGUCGUCUUUGGUUGGCUGUAUCGCACAAAGUCAUGGGAAUUAAAAUCCACCGACCAGUGAAGGAAGCUCCCAAAAAUCAUAUCCACGACAGAUCGACCUGGUUUCACUUAAAUCCAACCAAGAUUGUAGGAUAAGUAGCGAAUUUUGUGAAUGCUGAAAACUGCCUUUAAAAUGACAAACACGACGUGGAGCUUAAGCACAGUUUGGCUGAAGAGUCAUUAGGUGAUCAAAUUACUGCAAAUUCUGAGCCAUACUCUAGAAGGAUGAGUGAUUCUAGUGAACUGUAGAGGGAGGGGUGGAUGUGUGCCUUGGCUGGAUGAGAUAAAAAUGACCAUAUUAAAAGGUUAGUUGGCCAUUUAAGUGGCAUGACUCACACUAAACCAAUGAACUAAAGAGCACAGUAUUAUCCUCACAAAGACCCAGCAAUUCAUUGUUGUCCUCUGUUAGAGACAUGAGUCUGAGACCUCUGCAUCAACCACAAUUUAUGCAUCUGAGUCAUACUGUAGUGUCAAGAGGACAUACUGGGAUUUCUAUAUGUCGGGGUUGGGUUAACAGAGCGCAUGGACUUUCUUUUCAAAAUGAUGGGCAUUGCAGCUCCAGAUUUGUUUAAGGGAGAUUAAAUGAUACGAUAUAUACACACACAUAUAAUUCUUUGAUUUAGUUGGAUUUCAUAAUUUUAACACUUU